AUGGCAGAAACUGAGUUAACUGACGGAUUCAAGAUUGAGCAGCAAGAGAACAAUUUGAUUAGUUCAGGGUUAGUGAGGCUCAUUCUCGUGUUUCUCCCUGAUCCAUCUCUCAAGAUUGACGCUGAGGAAUGUUCUAGAAUCGUUCAUGGACUUGUUAGCUUUAAGGUUCUUGAAACUUCGAAGGCAAUCUUGACGGAAUAUACUCUGAAGCUACUCUCAAAAGGACAGAAGCCGAUCGCAAAGGCUAAGUAG